CAAGGCUGAAGAAAAUCACAGCCCGCGACGGAGAUGAAGGUCAUGGUGAAGGCCUACCACUUAGCGCUGUCACGCUUGGCGAUACUCUAUUUCCUGUUUCUAAACACAUCCUCAUACACUCACUCCGAUCACGGGCCAUACUGUGACUGGCAAGGUUAUUGGAAGUUGGUCUUGGGGGCGGUGUAGUCUAUGACUUUGGGGGUUUGCCUAACAAGCAAGCGUGGUAGCAGUUGCCGAAACGGUGAAAGUGUGCCAAUGUCCGCUUUCGCGGG